AUGUACGCUCAAGCGCCAAAUGGUCUCGAGCCACAGAACCUUUAUUUUCUAGCUCGGGCCAUAGUUUAUUCAUGGUGGGGUGAAAGCCUGUCUGACCGCAAUGCGACAUAUGUGGAGAAAUCGGGUCCGUAUCGGGCUCGGUGUUGGCAGGAUAUGGGCCAACCAACACUCCAGCAGUUGACCAUGACAUUCCCCUUCUAUGUCAAGUCGAUUGUGAAGUACAGAAGUCCGCACCCGCAGGAUCUUUCUUUUCUGAAAGGUGAGAUUAUCCGUGUCUUUGGUUACGCGGAUCGCGCUGUCGAAGCCAGCGAGUCAGCUGAUCCUUACGACGAAGACGAGGAUGACCGUUGGUACAUGGGCGAGUCCUUAGACGGAUCAAAACAGGGUCAAUUCCCAGCCAGCCUUGUUGAAUAUACAGAAUAUUCAGUUGAGACGCAGCCAAGUUCCCAAGAUGAAGGUGCUCAGCCCAACUCUGCUGUAUUAUCGCAAGCAUCGCCCAUAAUCGAAGAGCGUGCCGCUGAAAUGGAAUAUGCGGGAAUGCAAAAAACUUCCGAGACUCCUAAGGAUGAUUUGAAAAGUUCUCAGGAUGCUGACAUUCCUACAGUUACCAAAGAAGCGAAUGCAUUGCCGGUCGAAGACACAAACCAAGAAGCGACCCGUGUUGAUCGCAUUCAUCAAGAUACAGCAGCGGAAAGUGUGACUUCAUCGCAGACUUCACCUUCUGAAGUGAAUACCAAUCAAACAGAAAUUAUCCCUCACGAAUACACCCCCCCUGACACACUUGCAUCUCCCGCCGAACUGUCUGCUGUUGAGUCAAAGCUUCAGCAGGAGCCAAAGACGGAAAACUACGAUGAGACUCCUUCAGCUACUAAUACAGUAGGCUCACAAACUAUGGAGGCCGAUGAAAAGGCAUCAGAACCGUCAGAGAUUGAUCCAAGCCGUAUGUCUCUCCGAGAUCGUAUUGCAGCAUUCAACAAAACGGCAAAUAAAACCCCACCACCAAUCCCUAAAGGUAAACCGAGCACUUGGAAACGACCUUCUAUUUCCAACAAUGCCGAAAAACCACUCCUUCCAAAUCAAGUGCCGCCUGCACUCGCCGCUACUACUGUGCCGCGUGUUCAGAAAGCCCCUGAUACUAGUGAUUGUGAUGCAAGCGCAGAUACGGGAUCUUCUUCCUUCAGUGCGUCAGAUGCAAAGAGCAGCAUUAAAAUGAGUUUGAAAGAACGAAUGGCAGCGUUGCAACGUGGCCAUGAAGGUGGGACCACAAUCCCAGCACCUUCGUCCGAACGAGCUGUCCCUGUUGUGGUAAAACAGGAAGAACAGACUCAAGCCAACAUUACUAACACAACAGAGGAUGAAGCCACACGUCGUGCUGCAAUUGCCAAGCGCAUGGCAGCUUUAGGUGGUCGUCGGGUGGAUGCGGGCCUUUUUUCUUCUUCAAUUGCACCCACCUCAGAACCCACAGUGGUGACAGAGAAGCAGCCUGAAAAAGAUGAAAUGGAAGCUACUAAGGAGAAAAUGGAAUCACCGGUAGAAAAUGGUUCUCACACAGAUGCACCUCAGCCUUUGGUGGUUCCAAAACGCACAGCCGCUCCUCGUACACGUCGAUCCAAGCCUGCCGAGUCUGACAGCUCAGUGAGUCAAGAGCCUGAAAAGACUCUCAUGAAUAAUGAUGGUCCCGAAACCACUGCUUCGGAUCCUGUUUUGCCACCACAAGACAGGGGACUUAAAUCUUCCAUGGAGCAGGACGCUACACCAGGCCAAGUAUGCUACGAUCAUGCUAUUGAACCGAGUGGAUCUAACUUAGACACGACUCCAUUGUCUUCUGAUUUGGAGGAGCGUUUGGGUGGCACAAGUCUAGCAGAAAAUGAUGGAAUUUCUUUUCAAGAAACUGCACCACUUCAGAACUUGCAAAGCACAGUACCUGCUGUAUCAGAGAUCGAUGGUAGCCCUGAGAGGGCUGAAGAGGGCGCUCAACAAGUGCAGGAAGGUGUGGCUCUCUCUCCAGAAGACCCAAUUGAAACUGGACCAUCCUCUUACGUGACGAGGGCUUCAGAGGAACAGAAUCAUAUAUCAUCCCAAGAGGAACCUGUCUCUCAGUUAUCCCCUUCAGAUACGCUGGAUUCUCAUUCACCGGUGAACGUUCCAGAUAUGAAGGAUGAGCGCGCUCAAGUCUCGGUUGUCACCCGACUAAUGCCUGCAUCCGCUGUACAAGAUUCGCCAGCUCAUACUGAAGACCAGGUGGCUUCUAGCUCUGUGACGAGUCCUACGAUGCCUGCACCUGUUAAUUCAUCAUUCCCUGUGAUUCCAGGAGCAGAAUACGUAUCUCCAGCCAGCUUUUCAUCGCCCCAAUUGGCAAGACCUGCUCAACCCGUUGACCAGGCGCCACCUGUACAAACAGACUCAGAUGAGACUGCCAAGCCUGAUAUACCUAAAAAGGAUAAUUUUGUUCAACAAGAAGAUCCCGAGGUGUCUGAGAAGACACGACGUGAGGCCAUCGCGCGGCGCUUGGCCCGAAUGGGUGGUCAACGAAUUGCAGGUUUGGGUCCCAUUCCAGUGCAGACGACGCCCAGUCCUUUAGCAGAGCCAGUUGAAGGCAUGCAAGAAGCUCCUGUGCAAGAAGUACCUUCCUCGAUGACGAGAGAGAGUACAUUGGUUGAGAACCAAGACUUGCGAAGCCCUACCAGUCCACCUCUUCGCACGCCCCCCUGUAUCCCCACUCCCGGGGCAGAGCUACCAAAUGGGCAUCAAGAGUAUGGAGCAGUGGUUGAUGAAGAUGCUUUCCAUAAGACUAAUAGGCCGACACGGCCACCCCCUCGCGCACCGCCGCGUGCACCCCCUCCAGUUCCAGAGUAA